AUUACCUCUCACUCCGUUACAGCCUGUCUGCGGGUUUUAAUCAUUUAGAGCCACACUGAAAAUAAAUCCCUCCGGCAAUUCACUCCCAGCUGACAAACACUAACUGGGCACAUAAACUUCAGUAUCCACCAACAACGUUAGGUCCAUCCUAAGUUGGUAUAUGUGAGGCAGUUAUUCAGAAUCUAAUGGUGUUGAUGACUCUGUGACAAUGUGGAGAAAUCAUGACCGAAAAUGUGGCCUGCCCCAGUGCUGUCAGUGCUGUAAAGGAGGUCUGGGAAAAAAGAAUACAGAAACACAAUGAAGACAUAAAGCGAGAGAAGGAAUUUCAACAAAAACUAGUGAGGAUCUGGGAAGAACGAGUGAGCUUAACCAAGCUAAAAGAAAAGGUCACCAGGGAAGAUGGGAGAGUCAUUCUGAAGAUAGAAAAAGAGGAAUGGAAGACUCUGCCUUCUUCUCUACUGAAACUCAGUCAGCUACAGGAAUGGCAACUUCACAGAACUGGCUUAUUGAAAAUUCCUGAAUUCAUUGGAAGAUUCCAGAAUCUCCUUGUGUUAGAUUUAUCUAGAAACACCAUUUCAGAGAUUCCUCGAGGAAUUGGACUGCUCACUAGGCUUCAGGAACUCAUUCUUAGCUACAACAAAAUCAAGACAGUCCCCAAGGAAUUAAGCAACUGUGCCAGCUUGGAGAAACUAGAACUGGCUGUUAACAGAGAUAUAUGUGAUCUUCCACAAGAGCUCAGCAAUCUGUUAAAACUUACUCACCUUGAUUUGAGUAUGAACCACUUCACUACAAUUCCACUUGCUGUGUUGAACAUGCCUGCCCUUGAGUGGCUGGACAUGGGAAGCAACAGGCUUGAACAACUUCCUGAUACCAUAGAAAGAAUGCAAAAUCUACAUACGUUAUGGCUGCAGCGAAAUGAAAUAACAAGCUUGCCAGAAACAAUCAGCAAUAUGAAGAAUCUCGGGACCCUGGUUCUCAGCAACAACAGACUGCGAGACAUCCCGGCAUGCAUGGAAGCCAUGACCAGCCUGAGGUUCGUCAACUUCAGAGACAACCCAUUGCAACUGGAAGUAACACUGCCCCCCAGUGAAAGCGUAGAUGAAGAGGAGGAACAGGAAUUAUUUGGCAUACAGUUUAUGAACAUGUACAUACAAGAAUCACGGAAAAGGGCAGGUUGUCCAUCUGCUCUUCAGAUAGAGAAGAAAUUGGGACCUAUGUACAAAAAUGAAACUAAAUAAGAAACCAAAACAUGCUCUGAACCAACAAGCCAAAGACUGA